CUUUUUCUUAUAGAUUGUUCAGUAUCAGCAAUUGUCAGUUCCAUAGUUCCAAUAUGAAAGGUUUGAUCGCAAUUUUGUUCGCCAUCUUGGCAGUAGCCACUGCUGCUCCUAGCGGGCUAGGACUAGGAUUAGGCUGGGGACUUGGCGCUCCAGGAGCCGUCCUAAUUCCACCCUCUGCCAGUGCAGUUAUUACUAAACCUGUUCUUGGAUGGGGAUUAGCCCCAGCAAUUGCUGCACAAAUUGCCCCAGUCGCUAUUGCCGCUCCAGUUGCUGCUCCAAUUAUUGCGCCUGCUGUCGCUCCUGCUGCUGCAGUAGCCAUUACCAAUGGAGGAGGAACUAUUGGAGUAAGCGGACAUGGUGCCAUAGUAUCGGGCCCCAAAACCGCGCCUGUCGUGAUUGAAGGUCCCUCUGGAGUAGUAAAAGCUGACGGUCUUUGGGGGCCCACACUCGCCGGUGUUGCUGUUCCAGCUGGCCAUGGAUGGUAAACCAUUAAAUCCUCAAACUUUAGGUCAGAUUUUGUAGUCGAUAUUAUUGAUAUUUCACGAGGACAGAACUGAAACCAAACGCUCAUUAUUUGUUGAUACCUGAAUGUAAUUAACAUUUUUAGGUUGUUGUCAAUUUUAUAUAUUAGUAAACAAUAAAUUAAUUCUAAACCCUAA